AUGGGCGAAGCUAUGUUGAUGAAUAUAUCCCAUCCCAACUCAGAGCACUAUGGGAAGCACCUCUCGGCGUCCGAGGUAGACGAGAUGUUCGCCCCGUCAAAAGAGAGUGUUGAUGCUGUUACUAUAUGGAUUAACUCCGCUCUAAGUGAUAGGAAGAUUACGUUAUCUAGGAGCCGUCAAUGGCUGGAGUUUAAUGCUACAGUUGCAGAACUUCAGGAUCUCCUCCAUACCGAUUACCACGAGUAUACGAAGCGGGCUGAUGACACUGUUCGCAGCUUCGGCCCCAUGCUGCCUGGACCUACACCCAUGCCGGAUCUAUUGCCGGAAUACUCAAACAACCUCUCGGAUUGUUCUUUAAUGGUCGCCCCGAACUGCGUUCGCGCUGUGUACAAAGUAGCAGAUAAAUCCAAGGGAGACCCAAACAACUCAAUUAGCAUAUACUCAAACCAGAGGCAGCGUUACAGCCCGGAAAGCCUCAACACCUUCUUUAAGUAUUUUGCAUUCGAAAUUCCACAGGGUACGACGCCAGAGUUUCAAGGUAUCGACGGAGCACCGGCACCCUCUCCACUGCCAUACGACGCCGCCAAAGAGGCCGAUCUUGACUUUCAGGCGUCAUACCCUCUAGCGUACCCAGACAAGGUGGUGAACUACCUAGUUGACGACUUCUAUUAUGAAGCUGGCGGCGGCGGGGUUAGUGGCCUCUUCAACAUCUUCCUCGAUGCUCUCGAUAAGUCAUAUUGUACGUACUCCGCGUUUGGUAAAACAGGCGACUUCAAGGGUGUUGACCCAAGCUACCCGGACACGAGAGAAGGAGGCUAUGAUCAGACAGAACAGUGUGGUAUCUACACCCCGACCGAUCGACGUCAGUGUCACGAGUGGAUGAAGUUGGGUUUACAGGGCGUCACCGUUAUCGUUGCCACGGGAGACGGAGGCGUGGGCGGCUUUGGUGGGUUUGGCUGCCUUGGUGGUGUCUUUGGCACGGUAUCACCGGCAGACUGCCCGUUUGUUACAGCAGUUGGUACGACGAAUCUCACAACUAGCAGCAUUGGUGGUAAAUUGAAGAUAGUAGAGCAGGGGGCAAGGUUCAGUGGCGGUGGCUUCUCCAACAUCUUUAGAACACCGACUUACCAGACCAACGCUUAUAACCGCGGUGGCGGUGGAUAUCCUAACAUCUCCGCUAUAGGGCAUAAUUUUGUUAUUUGGGUUGGUGACGGUCUCACGCUCGCAGAAGGGACAUCUGUCUCCACCCCUGUGUUUGCGGGUCUUAUUACAAGUAUUAACUCGUUCCGCUUGAAUGCGGGCAAGAAGCCUGUUGGAUUUAUCAACCCAGUGUUGUAUCAACACCAAGAAAUAUUUAACGACAUCACCACUGGCAAUAACCCAGGCUGCAAUACUGCGGGAUUCAGUGCGGUCAAGGGCCGGGAUCCAGUAACCGGCCUGGGCGCGCCUGACUACAGUAAGCUGAAGGAAGUUUUCCUGAAUAUGCCGUAA